UGUUCACAGAUGCUGGCGUUGAUACUCUUUUCUCUGUUAUCGCUGAGUUUGGCUGAAGAUACUACUACUGAAAGUUACAAUGAGCAGUUCAAUACGAUAGAGCCAAAACCGUCAGUACGUUUGGAUCCAUACAUCCGAAAGGCCUUACUUAAAGCUCUCAGUGAACUUGAAGAGUCCACUACAGGAACAGAACUUCUUGAUGGAACUACAGGCUUAGAUUCAGAUGCUUACACUACAGGAGAAGAAGCUCCUGAAGCUCAGACAGACAAAGAAGGGAUACAGAUUCAUUCCUUUAUAGUCAACGGACAAUCCGCCUUCUCUAAUAAUUCGACCAACGUACCCACCAUAGUAGACAACAAUAUAUCUAUAUUGAGCACUACGGCAGGUAAUGUUGAAAGUCAAGUUACAGCGACUUUACCAACAUCGGCUCCAUUUCCGGAGAUAUUUCAAACAAAAGAAGGUGACAACAAUUUAUUACAAACAAGAAGUAUAGCUAGUGCCUCUAAAUCGAACACUGAAAACAACAUCAAAAAGCCGACAAUUAAGCCUAUCAUUUCAACAACGACAACAACAACUACGACUACUACUACGACCACUACUCCGAAACCGACCCAUAAUGAAGAUGGAGAAAAUAUCGAAGAAGUCGAUAAACGCGACGUUCAAGUAUAUCAAGCGCCUUUAGUUGCAGCUUUUACGGUUCAUCAGGAUCCACAAGGUCUACCGAAAAAAGUAAUACCACUUUAUCAACAAACAUCUAGUCAAAACUUUAUGAGACCGCUACCUGUUACUAAUUUGGCAUCUGGAGUUUUACAUUCUCAACCCCUAGGUUCAAUAAUUCCAAGUGUAAAUUUGAAUCAAAUACCUCAAUCAGAUUACAUAAAUCAACAGUUAUUAUUACAAAGGCAACUCGAAGAAAAGCAAAGAAUUCUCGAGGAACAACUACGAUUCUUACAACAGCAACAAAGACAACAAGAAGAACUUUUAAGGAAACAACAAUUUCUUUUACAACAAAAGGAAGCACAGCGGCAACAAAUCCUUUUGAAUUCUCAGAAGUUCCAGGCACAGAGUUCUGUUAAUAAUUUUCAAGUCCAGAAAAAUAUUCCUCAGAACCAAUUUGUAAAUGCGCCAAUAAGAUCUAACGGUCAGGUAACUAUUCAACCCAGUGUACCAUUAGAAGCAAGUAGCACAGUUACAAACCAACAGUUACCAAAUCGUGAAGCUGUUGAUUUUCUCAUACAUCUACACAGUCAACAGCCUGAUCAGUUUCCAUUACAGGAAAACCAUUUGCCUCAAGGAAUCAGUAACUUUCUACAUCCCACCUCAGGUCAGAACUUUCACCAAGGAAUAAAUUUUAAUCAAGUUAGAGGUGUUAACGAUCAAUUUGGCCAGCAAAAACAAAAUCAUCGGGUAUUCAGACAAGACAGUGGUGUCGGUAAUUUUGGUUUGAAUAAUCAAAACUAUAAUACGUUUAACACUUUUAAUCCAAUUCAUACAAAUCGUUUCUUUCCUAUAAACGGCCAUGUCAACUAUAACAACGCCGAUGCUGAAUUGAAACAAUUGCUCGUUCAAAAUGGUUUAAAUGGCAGGAACCAAGAAGAUUUAAACAUUGUAUCCAAAGUUUUGUCAUUGAAUCAUGGUGUGGCAGUAACUAACAAUAUCUCUAAUAGGUUACCCUUCGACAGUCGGAGGCAUCUAAGGCCGCUUAUUUAA